UGUUGUUUUGUUUAUCAAUUUGAUGUUGUUCGCUGAAAGUUAGAGACCAGUCUACGGAGGUUAGGCCAACAGAACACUUUGAGACACUUGUUUGGGGCACAUUAUGUCUGCGAGAUACGCCAUUAGCCGAGGGCUGGAGUUGGGCCGCUCCUUCCAGCUGGGUCUCCUAAAAUCAGGCGGACGUGUCGCAGCGAAGCUCCGAGCUGACCGUUUUCGUGUAGGCCCGUCGGUCCGCACCGUUCAGCCUCAGGCUUUCCUGCCGUCCCGGUACCGCUAUUACCGCACCUCUCUGAGGGGCUUGGCAGCUCAACUUCAGUCCUUCGGCUUUAGAAGGUUCGGCGGCGGGUCUCCGCGGAACAGGGCCGUGUUUUUAGCGUUUGGCCUCGGUGUGGGUCUCAUCGAGCAGCAGCUUGAGGAUGACAGACUGAGUGCGGCAACAUGCCAGGAAAUACAGGCAGUAUUCAGCAAGAAAAAGUUUCACGGCCCACUUAAACCAUUCACUUCUGGAUAUAAACUGGAAGAUUACAUUAUAGGGAACCAGAUUGGUAAAGGCGCCAAUGCAGUUGUGUACGAAGCUACAGCUCAGUAUGCCUGCCCAAAGGCGAGCGAUGACGUGGGCUCACCUGCGCAGGUAAAAGAUGAUGAAGAGAAAAUCCAGACGGUGCGAUCUCCAGCAUGUUGCUCUCUACGAAACUUCCCCUUGGCUAUCAAGAUGAUGUGGAACUUUGGGGCAGGGUCUUCAAAUGAGGCGAUAAUUAAGUCCAUGUCUGAGGAGCUGGUACCUGCUGGCCCUCUUGCAUUAAAACAUGAAAAAGAACAGAUUCUCCUGGAUGGACAUUAUGGAGUCCUGCCCAAAAGAAUCUCCGCUCACCCCAAUGUGAUCAGGGUGUACCGAGCUUUCACAGCAGAUGUGCCGUUGCUACCAGGUGCCAAGGAGGAGUAUCCAGAUGUUCUGCCAGCCAGGCUCAACCCCGAUGGGCUAGGCAACGAUCGCACUCUUUUCUUGGUUAUGAAAAAUUAUCCCGGCUCACUGCGAGAGUACCUGCAAGUGUGUGUACCCGGUCGCAGGCAUGGAUCCCUGAUGGUGCUGCAGCUGCUGGAAGGGGUGGCCCACCUGUGUAGGCAGGGUGUCGCUCACAGGGAUCUCAAAUCAGACAACGUGCUGCUGGAGUUUGACUCAGAUGGUUGCCCCCGUUUAGUAAUUACUGACUUUGGCUGCUGUUUGACUCAGAGGGACUCUAGCUUACAGCUAUCUUUCAGCAGCCUGUGGGUCAGCAGAGGAGGAAAUGCCUCCCUUAUGGCUCCUGAGGUGGCCACGGCAGUUCCAGGAAGCGGUGUGGUGAUCGACUACAGCAAGGCAGAUGCCUGGGCUGUGGGUGCCAUCUCCUAUGAGAUAUUUGGACAGCAGAACCCUUUCUACCAGGCCGUUGGACUGGAGAGCACCACCUACCAGGAGAAGCAGCUUCCUCCUCUGCCUUCCUGUGUUCCAGUUGACGUGCGUUUGGUGACACGAUUACUUCUCAGGAGGGACCCUAGCAAGCGCCCCAGUGCUCGUGUAGCUGCUAACAUGCUGCAUCUCAGCAUCUGGGGUCGAAGGGUUUUGGCCAAGCAGGACAGCUCUGGCAUGAAGAAGCUGGUUGAUUGGCUGCUAUGCCAGUCUGCUGUGGUUCUCUUGAAGGGCUUCAGCAGACCCGGUGGAAACACGGUGGAAGCCGAGCUUCAGACGAGCUUUUUGUCCAACUUGGACCUGGAAGAUCUGCGUGCUGCUGUAGGCUUCCUCCUUUAUGGGCGAGAACAGCACCAAGCCUGUAUUCUGUCUGUAUAGAGUUACUCAGACAUAACUCGAGAUCUCUGUAUUCAUAGUGAAAUGUUUCUAGUACCAUUUAAUGGCUUUUUAAAUUGACAGAAGCACAAUACUCGUGU